CAUAGCUGUAUAACCGGAACCUUUUUUCUUCAUCUGUUGCUGCUGCUACACGGAGCUUAUUAACUCGCGUCAAAACACAACACAAGGUAGCUAGGAACUUAAAUGCGUUUUGGCUUGAUGGUAAGAAGCUAGGAAUAUGUUUAAAAAUACUUUCCAGAGUGGGUUCUUAUCGAUUUUGUAUAGUAUUGGAAGCAAACCUCUGCAAAUAUGGGACAAGAAGGUGAGGAACGGUCACAUUAAAAGAAUAACAGACAAUGACAUUCAGUCUUUAGUUCUUGAAGUUGAAGGAACCAACGUCAGCACAACUUAUAUAACAUGUCCAGCGGAUCCCAAAAAGACACUUGGCAUCAAGCUUCCCUUUUUGGUUAUGAUCAUCAAGAACCUGAAAAAAUACUUCACCUUUGAAGUUCAGGUCUUAGAUGACAAAAAUGUGAGACGAAGAUUUCGGGCGAGUAACUACCAAAGUACCACUCGAGUAAAGCCUUUCAUCUGCACUAUGCCCAUGCGACUGGACGACGGCUGGAACCAGAUUCAGUUUAACCUCUCAGACUUCACCAGAAGGGCAUAUGGCACUAAUUACAUAGAGACGCUUCGUGUACAGAUUCAUGCCAACUGCCGCAUCAGAAGAGUGUACUUCUCUGACAGGCUGUACUCCGAGGAUGAACUCCCAGCCGAAUUUAAACUUUACUUACCUGUACAGAACAAAGCAAAGCAGUAGAGCAGCCGAUCCCCGUCCUCCAUUCCAGAUGUUCACUGUACUGGGGUUCUGUCUCCCAACGCACAGCUGGAAUUUGUAGUGCAUUUUGUUUUCAUUUUUACUUUAUUUGAUAUUAUUUUGGAACCAUGUGAUUUGUCUUGCCCUUUUUCUUUAUGCCUUGCUCUCUGCACAAAUAAAAUCAUUUUAUAGGCACCGUA